GAAGAGAAAACAAAACGCACCGCGUCGGUCGUGCUGCAACGCUUCUCUUACCUGAAUAGCUUCUUCCUCCUCUCUUCUCCUUCCCUCGCUGAUCUCCGACUCAAACCCGUAACAAAACAAAGCAAAGCCGUUUCACACAGCUCCUUCCUCCUUUUCUCGACUCUCUUCUCAGUUUCUUCUAAGGGUCUCCCUUGUCUCCGAAUUCGUGGUUAGAUCUGUUUGGAAAAGCGGGGAAAAAGGGUUGCAAUCGUAUUUAGAUAAUGCACGAGAAUGAUGAUCUUCCGCAGGAUUCGGUUGAUUCUGUAACUGAUGGAAUUGAGAAUGAUGGCGAGUCAAAUGGGCAGGAGCUUGAUCCUGACCAGGGAACUGCUUUCGUUGACAGUAAGGAAGAUAUGUUUGUUGAUGCUCCUGAAGAGUUGAAUUUCGAUACACCAAGCAAGGACGCUCUGACGACAGAUGAUGAUGAUGACAAUGGAGAGCUUGUAAAUCAAAUCAAUAAUGAGAAGGAGGAGUUGGAGAAGGAACUUGCAGGGUUGCAGGAACAGAUUAAUCAGUCUGGUGAGACUGAUUUGAAUGGUGAAAAUGGGAACACCGUGGAAAUUGUCACUCGGUUCUCAAAGUUUCUAAAAAUUGCUGAGGCAGAGCGAAUUCAGCAUGAGGAUGCACUCAGGGAGCUUCGUGGGAUUAUUAGUGGGAAGGACAACGAGAUUGCUGAUCUCACCACAAAGAUUUCAGAGCUUUCUUCGUCACAGUCAGUUUCCGAAUCGGGACAUCAGGCACAGAACGAGGAGCAACUUGAGGCUGCAACAGAUAGGAUACUGUUUUCUCUUAGUACUGUAUUUGGUCAAGAGGAGCUGCAGUAUGGUUCUUCUGUCACCGAAAAGCUUGCUCACCUGGAGAACCGAGUUUCCUUUUUAAGUGCGAAGUAUACUGAGUUUUACUACGGUGCUGAUGAAUUAAGGAAGUGUUUGUCUAGGGAUGAGUUGGAUCUUCGUUUCCAAGAGGAUUUUGGUUCAGCUCUCGGUGCUGCUUGUUCUGAGUUACUUGAGCUCAAACAGAAGGAAACAGUUCUUUCUGAAAGACUUAGCCAUCUAGAAGAUGAAAAUAGGAAACUGGUUGAACAAGUGAACAGAGAUAGGGAAAUGAUUGAGUCGAUGAGUGCAGAAGCUGGAAAAAUGAAGGCGGAGCUUGAGCAAGAAAAGACAAGGUGUAGUAACACGAAAGAAAAGCUCAGCAUGGCUGUAACAAAGGGGAAGGCGUUGGUUCAGAACCGAGAUGCUCUGAAGCAUCAAAUAUCUGAAAAAACGAUGGAGCUUGAGAACAGGUUGACUGAAUUACAAGAGAUGAAGAUUGCCCUUGAAUCUUCUGAAUUAGUGAAGAGGCAGCUGGAACAAUCGUUAGCUGAAAAGACAGAUGAACUUGAGAAAUGCUAUACUGAAUUGCAUGAUAAGUCUGUAUCCGUGGAAGCAUAUGAGCUAGCAAAGAAGGAGUUGGAACAGUCUCUAGCUGGGCAAACAAAAGAACUUGAAGAGUGUUUGAUAAAACUACAAGAGAUGUCAGCAGCAAUUGAUGAAUCUGAACUCAUCAAAGGUGAGUUGGUAAAAUCCGAAGCUAUGGUUGCAUCAUAUCAGGAAAUGGUAUCGUCAAGGAGCUCUAUCAUUGAAAAUAUUGAAACCAUCUUGUCACAAGAAGAUACACCUGACGAAGGUCAAUCUUUCGAUAUCAUUGAAAAAGUUAGGUCACUUGCAGAAGAGAGGAAGGAGCUCAAAAAUGUUUCCCUGGAAUACAACAGAUUAAAAGAUAUGAACUUUUCCAUUGACUUACCGGAGGAGAUAUCCCAAGCCAGCUUAGAAACUCGCCUAACUUGGCUUGGGGAAUCAUUUUUCCAGGCAAAGGAUGAAGUUAGUGCCCUGCAAUAUCGGAUCGAAAACUUAAGCAUGUCUCUGUCAGCAGAAAUGGAGGAGAAGAAUAACAUUAGAAAGGAACUUGAUGAUUUAACUUUCAGUUUUAAGAAAAUGGAGGAAACUGCAGAGCGAGGCUCUUUGGAAAGAGAGGAAAUUGUGAGAAGACUUGUGGAAACCUCUGGCUUGAUGACAGAAGGAGUCGAACAUCAUACAUCUUCAGCUAUCAAUUUGCUUGUUGAUAGAUCCUUCGAACAGAUAGAAAAGCAAAUCAGAGACUCUAGUGACAGUUCUUAUGGCAACGAAGAAUUAUAUGAAAGAUUGCAAAGUCUCCUUUAUACGAGUUAUCUGGAGUUGUCACUUUGCAAGGAAAUGCUAGGAGAGGAAAUGCUGGCUAGUUUACAGGUGAGCGAUCUCUCAAAUGAGCUAAAAACUGUAUCUCGAGAACUUGAGUUCGUGAAAGAAGAAAAAGUUGCUUUGGAGACAGAUCUUGAGCGAUCAGAAGAGAAAUCUGCUUUGCUCAGAGACAAACUUUCCAUGGCUAUCAAGAAAGGCAAGGGACUUGUCCAAGAUAGGGAAAAGUUAAAAACUCAGUUGGAUGAGAAAAACUCUGAAAUCGAGAAGCUGAUGCUCGAGUUGCAGCAGUUAUCUGGUACGGCUGAUAGCUACAAGAAUCAGAUAAACAUGUUAUCGGGAGACUUAGAGAGCACAAAAGAGCUAGAGGCUGAGCUUGCUACUAUUAAAGACGAAAGAGAUCAACUUAAGCAAUCUUUAUCUGUGAAUGACACUUUGUUGCAGAAAGUGAUGAAAUCAGUUGAAACUAUGAGUAUCCCUGUUGAUCUAGCAACUGAGGAUUCUUCAGAAAAGAUUGACCGACUUGCUGGAUACUUCAAGGAAGUGCAGCAUGCUAGAGCAGAGGAACAAGAAGAACUCGAAAAAGCAAAGGAAGAAGCCAGUACAUUAGCCAGUAAAUUAGCAGAAACCCACACAGCCUUGAAGUUGGUUGAGGAUGCCUUGUCUACUGCAGAACGUAACAUCGAUCGACUUGCGGAGGAGAAUAGACAAGUCCAAGCUGCUAAGGAAAAUGUUGAACUUGAGCUGCAGAAAGCAGUUGGAGAGGCCUCCUCUCUGGCUAGCGAACUGGAUGAAGUUUGUGCAACCAGGAAUACACUUGAAGCUGCACUCAUGCAGGCUGAAAGAAAUAUAUCUGAUAUUAUCAGUGAAAAGGAAGAGGCCCAAAGCAGUACUGCUAGUGCAGAGAUGGAGCUAGAGAAAGUGAAAGAAGAAGUUUCAGAUCAGAAUAACAAAUUAACUGAAGCACAUAGCACCAUAAAAUCACUUGAGGAAACACUUACUCAGACAGAAAGCAACGUGGAUUCGCUGUCCAGACAAAUUGAAGAUGACAAAGUUCUUACUACAAAUUUGAAGAAUGAGUUAGAGAAGCUUCAAUAUGAGGUAGAGUUCGAGCGUAGCAAGAUGGCCGACUCUUCCUUGACAAUAGGAUCCCUCGAGGAGGCACUAAUGAAGGCGGAAAAUAGUCUUUCUGUCUUACAAGGAGAAAUGGUGAAAGCUGAAGGCGAGAUAUCAACUCUCAGUAGUAAACUUAAUGUAUGCAUGGAAGAGUUAGCUGGAUCAAGUGGAAACUCACAGAGCAAAUCUUUGGAGAUUAUUGCUCAUCUUGACAAUCUUCAGAUGCUACUGAAGGAUGGAGGGCUAAUUUCCAGGGUGAAUGAAUUCCUUGAAAGGAAAUUCAGGAGUCUUAGAGACAUGGAUGUCAUAGCAAGAGAUAUCAUAAGAAAUUUUGGUGUGAAGGGAUUGGCAGGGGAAAUGGACAACGUUACAGAGGAUGAUUCGACUGUGGUAAAAUCCUUGUUGAGUGGUCUUGAUGACUCAGUGGAUACAGAGCUGGAGAAUAGUAAAGGCAAUGCAGUUGAUGAAGACGAAAUUUCUUCAUACCUUAGGAAAAUCGCAGAGGGGGUCAAGCUGAGAAACGAAAUACUGGAGAAAGAUUUUGAGAGUUUCUCAACUUCCAUUGAUACUCGCAUUGCAACGUUGAUGGAAAAUAUGACAGCAGCUAGGGCUGAUGUGAUAAAUGCCAUGGGUCAUAAUGAGUCCCUGAAAGAACAGGUGAGGAGUGCAGAAGAUAUUGUUCGCGAACAAGAAAACACUAUAUCUGCAUUACAAAAAGAUUUGUCAUCUUUGAUGUCUGUAUGUGGCGAGGCUUCCAGCAAACUGCAUGUGGAAGUGAAAAAUGACCUCCUAGAGUUAAUUCAAGUCCAAGAAACUGAUAACGGUGGUGAAACUGUGCUAACUGAACGUCCACAGGAGCUUCAUGUAAGUGAAUGCGCCCUGAGGGUAAAAGAAUUAUCUUCUGCCACAGAGAAGGCAUGUACUACUCUUAAGCUCUUUGAGACAACAAGUAAUGCAGCUGCUGUUGUAAUCCGAGAUAUGGAGAACAGACUAAAAGAAGCAUCUGUCGCUCUAGAUAAGGUUGCGUUAGAAAGAGAUCUAAACCAAACUAAGGUUUUAAGUUCCGAGGCCAAGGUGGCGUCUACGGAAGCGUUUUGCGAAGAUCUGAAACUUCAGCUGGAAAAUCUCAAAGCCGAAGAAGAGAAAUGGCAUGAAAAAGAGGUGGAACUUUCUACAUUAUCUGAUAAACUGUUGGUGCAAGAGCAAGAAGCAAAGGAAAACCCAAUUUCAGUUUCUGAUAUGCGUGCCCUUUUUGACAAGAUAAAUGGUAUUGAGGUUCCUUCAGUAGAUCAGGUCAAUGAAUUAGAUCCACAGAGUCCAUAUGAUGUGAAGAAGCUAUUUGCUAUUGUUGAUAGUGUUACUGAGAUGCAGCAUCAGAUAGACCUCUUAUCAUAUGGACAAAAAGAGCUCAAAUCCACCGUGGCAGCAAAAGAUCUUGAAAUUCAAGGUUUAAAGGAGGCGGCUGAAGCAGAAAGUAUAACCGAGCUAGAGUUAGUUAAGGCAAAUAACGAAAUGUCCAAGCUAAUAUCUGGCUUGGAGAAACUGCUGGGUGUAUUGGCGGGCAAUGAUCCUGUUGUAGACUUAGACUUCUCCGAGUCAUGGACACUCUUACAAGCACUAGAAAGAAAAAUAACUUCCCUCCUCCUAGAGUCAGAGAGUUCAAAAUCAAGGGCCCAAGAACUUGGUCUAAAGUUAGUUGGCAGCGAAAAACUUGUGGAUAAAUUAUCAUUAAAAGUUAAAGAAUUUGAGGAUAAACUUCAAAGCAAAGCCAUUCAGCCUGAUGUCGUUCAUGAAAGGAGCAUCUUCGAAGCACCAAGAGCACCUUCUACCUCAGAGAUAUCCGAGAUUGAGGACAAGGGAGCCCUGGGGAAAAAAUCAAUAUCACCUGUGCCUACGGCAGCGCAAGUGAGAACGGUGAGGAAAGGAUCGACGGAUCAUCUUUCAAUCAACAUAGAUUCAGAGUCCGAGCAUCUCAUGAACCACAACGAAACAGAUGAAGAUAAAGGACAUGUCUUCAAGUCUCUCAACAUGUCUGGUUUAAUUCCAGCGCAAGGAAAGAUAAUAGCAGAUCGGGUCGAUGGAAUAUGGGUCUCAGGUGGAAGAGUACUAAUGAGCCGUCCUCAAGCAAGGCUUGGUGUUAUGGUAUACAGUCUCUUAUUGCAUCUGUGGCUCCUAGCUUCCAUCCUAUAACAAGACGGGUGAUUGAUUUUUCUAUUAGGUCUCUCUCGCAUGAAACUACACACAACAGAAACACACAUAGUGCUCUCUCUCUUUCUCUCUCUAUCUCUUUUAUAUUCUUCCCAUUCUUUGUCGACCCGUAAGCAGAGAAUGAUAGGUGUCGUCUUGUAUAUAUAUUAUGAAUAAUGCCUCGAUUAUCAGCGAGCUUUUUCUUCUAGUUCUUCAGUUUCGUAGUCCUAGAAUGUUCGAUUAGGACUCAGUACUUAUUACAGGUGGUUGUUUGUCUGAAACAUUUGUUACGUGACUUGAAAGAAAAGUUUUGCGUCUGCAACGACGUUAA